AUGGACGCUUUCUUCGACCCAGAGCCCGAUGCACCCGGCAAGACUUACGAAAGGCUUGAGCAUUUCAUCCCCAGCAUCGAGCAGUUCGACGGAGAGUUCUUCGGUCUCAGCGAGAUGGAACAGCGCAGCAUGGGUCCGCGCCCGUGGCUCACACUGGAGAUCACCUACGACAGAAUGUUCUUUGCAGGCCUGACAAAGGUGACCAUAAAUGGCCGGGACUGCGGCGUUUACGUUGGUUGCGCCACGCUCGGCGGAAUCGAGCCGGACAUUCUCGCUUGGGAAUGUUUCCUUAUAGUAGUCCCUAUAUAUCCCAUUAUAGUCGUUUCCAUUUUCUUUUCCAUUCCUUCAUUCCCACCCGAAACCAAAGACCAGAUUACGUCGGUGGCGAAGGUGUUUUCGCUGGACUGCACCAGCCAGGCGCUGCGGCUCGGGCGCUGCCUCUCAGCAGCCGCAAGCGGCGUGAACCUGCAGCUGUCGGCGGCAACUUGGGUGGCCUUUGCAAAGAUGCUUGGCCUCGCCAUGGACGGAAACUGCAAGACCUUCGACAGCUCGGCCGACGGCUUUGCGUGGGGCGAGGGCAUGGGCAGCGGCCCCAACUUGAAGUAUACUGUCACAUAUUUGAAGCUGUACUACAUUAUAACAUACUAUAUUAUAUUCAAAUAUUCUAUAAACGACAAUAGACUGUAA